UGACGUUGCUGGCAGCGCGCGUCGCCGCUCCUUGUUUUGGCUGUUGUCUUCGGGCAGCGGUGUCCAGUGGAGCGCAGCCCAGAAUCCAGGAUCAUGAAAGAGGCGGAAGGUUUGCGGCAGCGCCGGCCACAGCAGCCGCAGGUCGUCUCGGAUGAGUCGCGGGACGCCGAGACGAAGCAUGUGAGUGCAUACAGUGGGAAGGUUUUCCGGAUAACCUUGACAACACUCAUUGUGACUCUUCUGGCCCCAUUUCUGGUGGCAACUCUGCUGUUGCAGUCACCAAUAAAUCCUGAGCCUUUCAGUUACAAGGAACCUCUUCUGCUAACGGGUCCUUUAGAGCCCAACCUUAAACUGAGACAAGCUGAACGCUUGUUUGAGGGCAAGUUGAUUGGACCAGAAUCUAUUGCACACCUUGGAGAGGUGAUAUUCACUGGUACAGCUGAUGGACAGAUUCUGAAAAUAAGUGAUGGACAAAUACAUACCCUAGCAAGGAUAGGCAAACUUCCUUGUGGAACAAGAGAAGAUGAACCAACUUGUGGAAGACCUUUGGGAAUUCGCGUAGGCCGUAAUGGUACUCUGUUUGUGGCUGAUGCUUACUAUGGGCUAUUUGAAGUUAAUCCAGUCACAGGUGAAGUGGAGAUGCUAGUGUCUGCUCAGAAGAUAAUUCAAGGCAGGAGAAUGGCCUUUGUGAAUGACCUCAGCAUCACACAGGAUGGCAGAAAGAUCUACUUCACUGAUUCCAGCAGCAAGUGGCAGAGAAGAGAUAACCAAUACCUGGUGAUGGAGGGCACUGCUGAUGGCAGAUUAAUGGAAUAUGACAUGAUAACAAAACAAGUGGAGGUAUUAAUGGAUGACCUGAGGUUUGCAAACGGAGUUCAGCUCUCUCCGGCUGAGGACUAUGUACUUGUUUCUGAGACGACAAUGGCUAGAAUUAGAAGAUACCACAUCUCUGGAUUAAGAAAAGGAGGACAUGAUAUAUUCUUUGACAAUCUUCCUGGGCUUCCUGACAAUAUAAGACCAAGUAGUUCAGGAGGCUAUUGGGUUGGCAUGGCAGUUCUACGCCCAAAUCCUGGCUUUUCUAUGAUGGAUUUCCUUGCUCCAAGGCCUUGGCUUAAGAAUUUGAUUUUCAAGCUGUUCAGUAAGGAGAUGACCAUGAAGUUUGUGCCCAAGUAUGGCCUUGUAUUGGAGCUAAAUGAGGAUGGAUCCAUCAGGAGGAGUUUCCAUGAUCCCCAUGGAGUGGUGGUGCCAGCAGUUAGUGAGGCAGCUGAGCAUGAUGGUUACCUGUACCUUGGCUCCAUUUAUUCCUCCUUCCUCUGCCGGCUGAAUCUCAACAAGGUUUAACAUGUUUGGCCUAGAAUGAAAGGAUUUUUGUCGAAGAUCAAUCUAUAAAAGCUAAUUCAAAACAUCCCGCCAUCUGAUAUUUAAUCAAAAUGCAUUUCAAAUGGUUGCCAUGCUUUGAAGAUCAUAAACAUGAAUGUUCAAGACUUAAUUUUUCUUAUUUGUCCUUUAAAUAUCAGCUAGUUUCCUCAAUGAUUUGUGAAACUAGACAAUGAGGAAGUAUUUGCAAUUUUGUUCAAUAUCAACCAAUUGGUUGUCUGAGGUUGGGUUAAUAAAAAUUCACGAAAUUAAUACAUUCCACUAAGCCUAUCACUAUCUACUUUCGAAAGUACGGCAAUCAUAUCAACCAAUUUUGUGAAUUUCUGUAAUGUGAUGCAACAGAUGUUAUGGACUUUGGAAGGUACUGAAAGUUUAAAAUGCUGAUUCUGUCUGUGGUGUUUCUCAUUCUUCUGUUUAAUAAUGGGACAGAUUUAGGUUCAGUUUCAUUGAGCUUUAGUGUUCGAUCAGUUAGGGAGGAUUCAUGAAUCAUGAUUUGUAAUUUUUAAUUGGAGAAUGACACCAGGAAAUUGUUGUCCAGGUGAAAAAACAAACAAGCUUAAUUUACGUGUCAAAUGAUGACUAGAACAUUAAUAGACAGAUAUUGGUAGAUAGCUCGACCUGUUAACCUUUCAGUACUUUCUCUACCCAACAAUGUAGUUUCAGAGAUUAAAAAUUUGGCAGAGGUAUUUCCCCUUCAUUCUUGAACCAGUCCCACAACUGCCGCAUGAAUGUAAGCAUGUGGAAUAGACUGUCAAAUGAAGAUAGAACAUUCACAGUCCAUUGUCUUUAAACAGUUGAAAUACUAUCAAAUGAAAUUGCUCACAGUUUUGAAAGAGAUUUAAUGCUUCUUAAAUGGCAAUCAGAGGGUAAUGUUUAAGAUAGAAUUUACAUCAUGCUACAAUGAUUUGAUGGAUUGAAUGGACCUGAUCAAAAUUUGCCUCUGUACUGUUUUGAUUGUAGCAUUCAAGGCUACCUCAUUUAUAAAGAUGUACAGGUACAAAACAGAAGCUGUCAUAUUCAGGUUCCUACAAGUUGGCUGCUGAAAUAUUUUAACUUUGUAAGAGGUCAUACCUAUAGCUGGUAUAGUCGGUGAUGGAUCAGACUGGCCAUUUUUUUUUGUUCAAAUACAAUAGGUUAUUCCUAGUUACUACUUAUCUUUGCAAUGAUUUUGAAAAAUUCUUCACUGUUCCAAAACUCUUCUUCAGGCAGCACUACUAGUCAUGUGAAUAGAAGAACGAAUGAAAACAGUUGAUAAUGUUUUUUAGUUGUAUGUCCAGCUGUAAACAAGUCAUGGAAUAAUGCGAUUCUGUGUUAUAAAUUGAAUCCAAAUUUUUUUUUUUAAUCAGCAGAGUACCUGUGCUGAAGAUGGUUAGACUUGUCACAACUUAAAGUUUAGUUACUGUAAAUGUAUAAAUUAUAACCUGAAACAGAGAGAAAAGAUCACUGAACACAUUCCCUAAAUGAUUUCAGUUGAGUUCUUUAUCCUGUCUUUACGAGACUGUUGAUAGGACAUUGCAAGAUUGUAUUUCUAGUCAUUAAGACUAGGCAUCUAGAUUUGUAAGACUGCAGCAUGUUUGUUUUACAUUGCUCAUUAAAAAAGAUGACCAUGCUGAAAUGAGAA